GUUACAGUCCCGAAAAGCCCUUGUUCUUCCUCAUUGCUCCUGGGCCCUGCCUCCUGCACACGCACAUCCUGCUCGCGUGCCGUGCCGGAGCUGCCGGGAGCAUGGCUCGAGACUUGGUUCUGCUCGCUGCCGUAACCCUUCUCUCCGCCUUCCAGCAAAGCCACUUUGCUUGGCUGGUGGGAAGGUCGAGGAUAAAACACAAGGUGAUGCCCCCAGCUGUCACCGGAGCUCCAGAAUUCGAGAGAACCUUCCGUGCGCAGCAAAACUGUGCAGAGUUCUAUCCAAUAUUCCUGACUGCCCUCUGGAUUGCAGGAUGGUUUUUUAAUCAAGAACUAGCUGCCCUGCUGGGCCUGCUCUACAUGUUUGCCCGCCACAAGUACUUCCACGGCUACGCAGCAUCUGUGAAAGGGAGGUUAACAGGCUUUUAUUUGAAUUUGGUAGUUUUAACCUGCUUGGUAGCCCUGGGCGGAGCUGGGAUUUUCAACAGCUUUCUGGAUGAAUACCUGGACUUCAGCAUCGGGAAGAAAUUACGUAGAUUGUUUUGAAGAUUGUUUUUCCUUUUAAAAAAUAAACAAUGCAGCUGUUUUGUCGUGACAUCAAA